AUGACAAAGGCCACCAGCUCUGUCCACGAGGCCGUCGAGGCGCUCCCGCCGCCCUCGCCGGACGCCGAGAAGCACGGCGUCCACGCCUCGGUCGGCGGCGUGCCCUACGCCGACCAGAUCCCGCACGAGAUGAUGGAGGGCCUCGCGCCCAACGGCGAGGCCGACUACAUUCGCGACAAGAUUAACCACAUGUCCGAGGACGAGGCCCUCGCCAUCAUCCAAGAGUCGUACGAGUUUCACUCGGACGACUGGAAUUUCCCCGCCGAUAUGCGCGAGCGCAUGCGCAAGUACCUGCAAGGACCAAAAAUCUAUGGCGAGUGGUAUGAGCGCGACCUGCGCAUCGACGCCGUCAUGAUGAAGUACUCGUCGCCGUAUCCGGGCGUGCGCGCCGUCGCCAGCCCGCUGGAUGAUGACGAUGUGCCCGUGGAGACGAUUCGUGCCUACUUUCUGGGAGUUGGCUGGGCCAUUAUUGGGACUUUCAUGGCCACAUUCUUUAAUAGCCGCUUUCCUGGUAUUGGCCUGGGAAGUGCCGUCAUUCAAAUCAUGCUCUUUCCCUGCGCAAAGACUCUCGAAGCCAUCUUACCCGACUGGGGCAUCACAGUCUUUGGAACCCGACACUCGCUUAACCCCGGACCCUGGACCUUUAAAGAGCAAAUGUACAGUACAAUAACCUACAAUAUAGCUAUAUACAGCACCAACGCCUAUACCAUGAUUCUUGUCCAGCGCUCUCCCGUCUUUUACGGCCUAGGAUUCGUCACUUUUGGCUACCAGUUGCUACUGACGCUCUUUAUCCAACUCAUGGGCAUGGGCUUUGCGGGCUACCUGCGCAGAUUCAGCGUGUACCCCGUCAAGGCGCUGUGGCCGACUCUGCUCCCCAUCAUUGCCAUGAACCGAGCGCUGACCAAGCCGGAGCCGCGCGAAAACAUCAACGGCUGGACCAUUUCGCGGUACCGCUUCUUCUUUGUGUGCGCCGCCGGCAUGUUUGUCUACUACUGGAUCCCGGGCUACCUCUUCCAGGCGCUCUCGACGUUCAACUGGAUGACGUGGAUCGCGCCGCAGAACCUGACGCUGGCCAUCCUGACGGGCUCGCGGCUCGGCCUGGGCCUGUUCAACCCGCUGACGACGUUUGACUGGAACGUGGCCACGUCGUCGUACGCGGCGCUCUCGCAGCCCUUUUUCGCCACCUGCACCAUGUACCUGAGCGCCAUUCUCGGCGGCCUCGUCAUCCUGGCCAUUUACUACUCCAACAUGUACAAUACGGCGUACCUGCCCAUCAACUCGGCCGCCGCGUUUGCCAAUGACGGCACCAUAUACGACGUGAAAAAGGUCGUCGUCGACAACAAGCUCGACGGCGCCAAGCUGCAGGCGUACUCGCUGCCGUUUUACUCGGCCGGCUACGUGCUGACGGUGGGCGCCAACUUUUGCUUCUACCCCGUCUACUUCUUCUACAUCAUGGUCAAUCAGUGGAAGACAAUGUCCAAGGCCUACGUCGACUUUUACCGCGGCCUGCGCCACGGCAAGGGCAACUACGAGGACGCCAUGGACGUGCACAACCGCACCAUGCGCAAGUACAACGAGGUGCCCGACUGGUGGUUCAUUGCCAUCCUCGCCGUCACCAUUGCCCUGUCCGUCGUCUGGAUCGAAAUCUACCCGCUCGGCAUCCCCGUCUGGCUCGUCUUCCUCCUCAUCGCCAUCAACCUCGUCUUCGCCGUGCCCCUCUCCUUCCUGUCCGCCACGACCGGCACCAACCUCGGCCUCGGCGCCCUCAUCCAAAUCAUCACCGGCUACCUGCUGCCCGACAACCCCAACGCCUUUCUCUUCUCCCAGGCUCUCGGCUCCUGGGCCCUCGCCGGCUACGGCGACAACUACGUGCAGGACCAAAAGAUGGCCCACUACUGCAAGAUUGCGCCGCGCGCCGUCUUUCGCUCCCAGAUUGGCACAAUCAUCAUCACCUGCUUCGUCGCCGUCGGCACCCAAAACUUUAUCCUCACCAGCGUCCCGGGGCUCUGCACCGAGCACCAGCCCUCGCAGUUUACCUGCAUGGGCGACGGCCACCCCAUGUACGCGAGCUCCCUCAUGUGGGGUCUGCUCGGCUCCGAUCGCAUGUUUGGUUCCCUCUACCCGCUCUUCAAGUGGUGUUUCCUCAUGGGUUUCGGCAUCGCCAUGGUGUUUCUCGUCGCCCAGGGCCAGGGCCCCAAAUACCUCCCGGGCGUCAGGGAGAAGCUGCGGCAAAAGCUGCGGCCCAACACCUUUGCCAUGCUGGACCGCACGCUGUUUCCCUUUAUCGCCUCGCUGCUCUGGCUGAAUCCCGUCCUCAUCAUCCAGGGCAUCCAGCACUGGGCGCCGUCCAACCUGAGCUACAAGACGCCCGGCUUCAUACUGUCGUACGUCUUCAUGUACUGGCUCCCGCGCCACCGCCUCGCCUGGUGGGCCAAGUACAACUAUGUCCUCUCGGCGGCCUUUACCGCUGGCUUGGCCGUCAGCGCGCUCGUCAUGUUCUUCGCCAUUGGCUACCAUCCGCAUCCUCUCAAGUGGUGGGGAAACACGGUGAGCGGCGCGGGCGUCGACGGAAGCAACAAGGGUAUUCUGCCGAUUCCAGAACGCGGAUACUUUGGGCCUGAGAGGGGCACCUUUGUUUAA